AUGGUUGCCUUUCCAACUGGCCCCAACGAUCCAACACGCCCGCCAACCACCCCAAGACCUGGGCUUUCGUCAAUCAUAAACCUCUUUUCUGGCCAAAUUGAGGUUUAUGAUUGGCGCAUUACUCUUCUGGUCCUCCUGGUGGCUUGGCUGCUGUAUUGCCUGAAGAUUGUCCUACUCAACCCGAGAGGCUUCGCAGACUUCAUGAACAACAACCUGAAUAUUCAGCUUCCACGAUGGUGGCCACGUCAUCCGCUACCAGAGCCAAUUCGACAGCCACGACGAAGAAUCCCGCGACUCGCACGAGAACCGGCUCCUCAACGCGCCCCGACUCCUCAACGCGUCCCGGCUAGACAACGCGCCCCGGCUAGACAACAGGCACUUCCGAGACGAUCUCUCCGCGCCCGCAAGAGCCCACAACGUUUCAAAUCCGAAUAG